UCAUCAAAUUUUUCAAAUUUUUUGAUAACAUUUUGCCAAUACUAAAAUAUUUUACUUAUACUUAUGUUAAUGACAUUUAAUAUGAAUUUUCACGAGAAAAAGUUAGAGAAUAAAAUUUACAUGAUAAUUGGAUAUAUAAUGAGUAAUAAUCAUUGAUGGAAAUGAUGGUAUUCGCAAUGUGAAGGAAGACGUAACGCGGCUUCCUUUCUCGCCAGAGGAAAGUUAUCCACCCACCGUAACAAAUAUCUGUUAACCUUGGCAAUGGUAAUGCAUAGAAAUCGGGACAACGUUUUUACGAAAGCUCGCAAUCCUGGCUACAGCGGAGUCUCUCGGUUGAGCUAAUGGAUCCUAAAGACAUGAAGACUACAGUCUCACAUGGGAACUUCGACUAUUUAUUAAUAAUCUCAACGCUUAUCGUAAUAAGACACCCUAUACAUGGACGUAAGAAACAAAGCCACUGUUACGUUCUGAGUAGCCAACCCGGAGUUCGGGGAAAGGGACACUUUUCUAUAACUAUUAAAAAGUCUAAUUACACUAGUGAAGAGUUAAAUCAGGUUGACUCUUUCUCCCUGCUCUGUAUGGUCGGAUACCAACCAAUGUCCUAUCAGUAUGUGCACAUCAAGAUCGCUUUUACCUUUUUGUGAGUAAGGAGGGAUUCCUAGGAGUAUAAAACGGUUACUCCAUUAAUGGGGAUAGCAAUGGAUUUGAGUACAAUAGCAAUAUCAUUAAUGGUGCCUACAUGCCUGGUAAAGAAGGUCACAGAGAAAAUAUAGACUUUUACGGUGGAGGAAGCAAUGGACACUCGCUGACUAACAGCAAGAGCCAAGAAAAUCUUGAAGAAAGUUUAAGGAGCAGCUCUUACAGCGGAUUUUCACCCAGUUCUCACAGUACUAGCUUCUCGAGUUAUUCCGGUGGUAGUCGUGACAAUUUCGCCUCGAGUCCUUACUUCGUAAAUAACGCUGCUCAAUCCAAUUACGAUAGUUAUUCGAGUGGUAGCAGUAAUGGGGACUCUACCUUCGACGCUUACAACCAGGGCAGCGAUCAAGUGGGAUCUGAUUUUAAUCAGUUUACUGCCAACAAGCACAAGAAUCCCUCCUACACGAGAUUUUCUGAUAACUUACCCGGUGCUUCUAGCACAGGAAGCUACCCAGAGUUAGGUACAGAGAGUUCUUUCAGAGGAGAGUACUCCGGUGAUUCUCUUAGAAGUCACAUGUCACACAAUGCAGCAUUUAUGGAUGGUGCUGACCAUAGUUUAAACAGAGAAGCCUCUAAUCCAUUCAAUAGCCCUAAUAAUGAUUAUUCGUACGGAAAGCCCAAAGACACUCUAUAUGGCGGAGGUGUAGGAGGAAGCAAUAAGUUCAUGAGCGACGCAUAUUCACUUCAACCCGAAACUCGUUACGUGCGAGGGAAUCACGGAAACAUGGGUCGUGAUUACACUUCUAUGUUUUUAUCCAACUCUGGAAAUACGCCCUUCAGCAAUGUUCGAGGAAGCAUUGGUGUUUAUGGUUCCGGUAAAAUUAACAAGUACAAUAAAUACUUAGGUGACUACGCAUCUAGUGCAGGCUUAAAUUACCUUUCUAAGGAACAAGAUGCUGAUUAUUUGUUUGGCAACUAUGGCAAAGGUAGUGGGAAACUGACUCUGAUUAAAGAUGGUAGGCCAGGUGGUUAUAGUAGUCAAACUUAUCUUGGUGGACCUUCGUAUGUUAGUAAAAUCGUCGGAGGUUAUAAGAGCAAACCGAGUUAUAUGAGCUCGUAUCCUAGCAGUUCACCAGUUGGUUAUUCAUCAGUGUCAGGUUCACAUAACAGUUUUAGUAACAGUUAUGCUGAUGGUCCUCUGUUAAGAAGAUAUCGAAGUAGUAGCUAUGCACCUGGUCAUGUUAGUACAUAUCCUGGUUAUUAUUAA